AGAUAACCGACGCCAUCCUCCUCCAACCUUUUCCGAAGGAUAGAGUAUCGCACAGUCCCAACAAUACCCCCUGGCACAAUGAUUAGUAUUGGGAAGAGCUCGACCAAUGUGCCCCCCGCGUUUUCGCCGAUGCCUGGCACCUUCGACCAAUACUUCCAACAGGUGGAGUCCGGCUACUCUCGCCGCUGUUUGGAGUGUUCACACAUCCAAUAUCGCGUCUCUCCAAGUACACGAGAGAGACAUACCGAUUCACAAAGCCCAUGCUACUGGUCGACGAGGUCCGUAGAUUGGACUGCAGAACCAAAUGGUGACAGCGACCAAAAGCUCCCUUUGAGCUUAUGCGUCUGGACAAUCUCACCAUGUCCCUCCCAGCUGAGCUACCGCACGUUCCGCCCAAACUGGAGGACUACGUCAACAGUGAAUUGUCGUGCUCGUUCGGCUACGAAUGCGUUGCCCCCAGAGCACAAAAGAGCCGCUUCUGUGCACGCCACGGCUUAAUUAUCAUAGAGCUUGCAGAAUCGGACGAGUUCGGUCCUCGAUGCCUGAGCACGUUCGUGGCCUACGAAGGUGUCGUGUUCUCACUUCCGCGAGACUCAGCAAAAGCAGCGAUCGUGAAGGGAACACUACGCCGCCUUCGAUCAGCCAAGCCCGCUGAUGUCUGGUUGGGCGACUCCGAGGGUAUCGUAUACAAGGAAGGUCUUGCCGUCUUGCACACUGAGGUGGAACUGGUCAACCUCAGAGGCCCAAUUUGGUACAUUACAUCUACUCGUGCAGCCUGGGAAACUGAGUGA